GUUGCCGAUGCCGUCGAGGAUUGGUCAAAGCAUAAGGUCGAAACAAGAAUUGUUGUUGUCGUCGUCGUCAAGAGAAAUCCGAGCUACGUGAGAACCGGGAGCUAUUGUUGGCGCCGGGAAUCGUACACAACCGAGUAUUAACACUUAGUCGCUCGUUCCUGCGUAAGAGCCGGUGUGUUGUUGUCAUAUCUGUGUGUUGGACGAUCGGGUAGAUCUCUCCCGGAUUCCGAAGGAUCAAUACGAAAGACGUCCGUCUGGUCUGUCUACCACCGAGAUGACUAUCAUAACCGUGCGUAAUCAAGCCGAGUUCGAGGCUCAUAUGAAGGCGGCUGGAAAGCGGUUGGUUGUCGCCGACUUCACGGCCUCAUGGUGCGGUCCGUGCAAGCAGAUUGCUCCCCAUUUCACGGCCUUAUCGAAUACCCACGCUGCUGAUGCUGUUUUUCUCAAGGUCGAUAUCGAUGAAGCUCGUGAUGUCGCCGAGAGCUUCAAUGUGACAGCGGUCCCCACUUUCAUAUUCUUCAGAAAUGGACAACGGCUCCAGAACCUGAGAGGUUCCGACUCCACGAUUUUGGAAGCGAAAAUCAAUGAAUUCAUCGCAAAAGGAGGGUCCGGCGAGCAGCCGCACAAGCACGGAGAUAUCGGAGUUCUUAUAUCCAAGAAAGACUCGGAAUGUCUCAACGAAAGCGAUGAGAACAAUUUCGCCAAGCUGAUGGCAGGGGAAGGCUACUUGGAGUCAGAUUGCGACGAGCAACUGCUUAUCAACAUCGGUUUCACGCAACCGGUGAAGCUCCACUCACUCCGUCUCACUGGGCCGAAGAACGCGCCGAAGACCGUCUGUAUUUACAUAAAUCAGCUGCAUACCCUGGAUUUCGAUGCUGCCGCGUCGAUGCAGCCCGUACAAAUGCUCGAAUUGGAAAGCAAAGACACCGAAAAAGAUGCUCAGAUCGAGCUGAAAUACGUCAAAUUCCAGAAUGUUUCAAAUAUACAGCUGUUCGUCAAGGACAACCAGGAUGGCUCGGACGUCACGAGAAUCGAUCAGCUCCAGCUCUUCGGCACAGGACUCUGCUCCACGAAUAUGAGUGAUUUCAAGCGAGUUUCCGGUCAUAAAGGCGAAGUUCAUUGACGGAUCCGAGGAGUCAUCGAUAUCGAGAAGCUAUCAAAUCGGACCACGAUGGACAGCAGCAGUCAUGGCAAUAAUUAUUGCGUAUACUGCGAUGUUGGCGGUGAUGAUAAUGGAUAUAAUAUCAAGGAGAAUCAUGGAGUCGAUUUCUGUAAUAAAAGUCGAUAGUUUUU